AUGGCUGAAGAACUGGAAAGAAUGUGUGAAAACCUACGCCUUCGGGAUGAUGAAGAAGAAGUACAUUUAUUGCCGGGCGAUGCGGACGAUAUUGAUGAUUCUCUCAGCGAGUUGUGCAUCUUAGGCAAACUAUUUACCAGAAAGCAAUUCAAUGGUGAAGCGCUGAUGGCUACUACGAAGAAGGUUUGGAACCCAUCCAAGGGUCUCACCCACACUUCAUUGGGGGAUAACCUUUUUCUUUUUAAGUUUAAUGACAUGCUUGAUAAGAAAAAAGUUUUCUCUGGUGGCCCAUGGUGUUUUGAUGAUAAUCUACUGGUCAUCAGUGAUUAUAUCGGCAACGUCCAGUCAACCAACAUGAAACUCGAUACCUGCUCCUUUUGGGUGCGUGUAUAUAAUCUUCCAUUGAGUUGGAUGAAUGCCAAAACAGCAGAAUACCUGGGAAAUAAGUUAGGGGUCUAUGAAGGCUUUGAACAAAGAGGUGACUUGUUUGCCUGGGGAAAGUUCCUGCGUAUCCGUGUGAAGAUUCACCUAGAAUCUCCUCUUAAGCGAGUAAUGCAUCUGUUCAUUGAAGGCAAAGUACAUAAGGUGCUCUUUCAAUAUGAAAGGCUUCCUAUAUUAUGCUUCUACUGUGGAAGAAUUGGCCACGGCGAUCGGGAUUGUGAAUUGAAGCUUGAUGCAGCAACCUAUGACACUGGGGAUCCGCAAUAUGGAGGAUGGCUUCGAGCUAAAACGGAAAAAUCAUUUUCCGGCCAACAACGCUCUCGGCCAGCUGUAACGAUAAGCGAUAAUGAGAAUCGCGUGCGACAAGGAACAGAUAAGGGAAAGAGAUCAACUGCAUCCUCAUCACCUGACUGCCUUGAAUUUUCAAAUUCUGAUCAUACCCAAUCCGACCCUUUGGAUAAUGAUCUGGAGAGACAUCAGGACCUAAUCAAAGGUAAAUCUUCUGCCUCUACCUCUGAUACUACGGAUCCUACCCAACCCAAUGCAAGGAAUACAACAGCUAAAUGGACAACCAAAAAAUCCCCUGCCUCUUCAACCCAGCCCACCGAUGACUCUUCUCGCCUCCCCGUUACACCGCACAAUAAACCAAGACUGUCUGCCCCUUUGGAUAACAACAUACCAGUCCAAACCAACACCCGAAACAAAGCACCUAAAGCUUCUUUCACUCUGCUAGUCCAACCAGAAGCCCAAAUAAUUCAGGACAAAUUCUCUGCUUCUCUUCCUACCUCAAGCCAAUUGCCAAAUCUGACUCUCACUCAACCCAGGAGUAGCCAAUUACAAGCUAUUGUCCCUACUAUACCCUCCGUAAUUUCUGACCCCAUUCCCUCCUCAUCUGAGCUGCCUAUUCAUACAACAUCCAAUAAUCCUAACUCCACUCCUGCGCAUACCCAACCAUCUGAAAACAUAAAUCCCAAUUUCCCUACCCCUAAUCCAACCCUCCCAACUACUUCCCCAACUUUACCCAGCAAACUCCUACAACAUACCCCAACUACAGGCAGCUCCUCCACACUUCUCAAAACAGCGAAACUCUUCCUAGUUGAUGCACCCCUAAGAGAGCACAAAAAACAUUCGGAUAUCCAUAAUCUCCGGGCUCUGGCUAGUACAUUCAAACGGAGAAAGAGCACUGACAGUCCCCAAUCAGGUUUGAUGUCAUCUAUGGAACAGACUUUUCAUACAAGGUUAUUAGGCAACAAGGUGAAACGUCCUAAUAAUUUUUCCCUCUCUGAUGAUGUUGAUAUGGAGGAUGUUUCUCUUUCCAAGAAAUCUAGGAGAUCUGGUUCAACUGCAUCACACGGUAUUUCAACGGCGGAGGCUGGUUACCAGCCCCGCCAAGAGCCAUGA